AAACAAAAGUGUGCAAACUAAAAAAGGCUAUGUGUGCAUAGUGAAUGCCCGUGAGUAAAAAUUAUAAAAAAAAAGAAGAUGUGUGGAGAUAUAUGAAUUUGUUGGGCUAAACUCGUUAAAAGCAGCACACAUGCAUUUAUAGGUAUUUUUUCGGAAAUCCGAUUGAGUUCCAUCGAAAUGCAAAAGCAAGUAAGCAAAUAAAAAAAAGAAGGCAUUUAAGCACAUACAACAAAAACUGCUAAAAUAUCAAACAGCUGACACUUUACAUACUUACUUACUUAAAUACAAACGUGCUGGAAAAUCCCGCACUAAUGACCACGCGGUCAACUAUGGACUGCAAAUUCGUGUAUUUUGUUAUGAUGUGCAUGUGUGUAUAGGAAAAAAAUAAUAGCAAAUUACACUCAAACAUGCACACUCUCACUAUACAUACCAAAGAGUAUGUAUGUCUGCUGUAUAUUUGAAUGUCCACCGCUGACAGCAAAUAAUUGAAAAUAAUUGAAAAGCAAAAAAAAAUAUAUAUACUUCGGCUUGCUGUAGGUAAAUGAGCAACACGCUCAUUUGUCCCUUCGUUUCGUUUUAUACGCGCGUAGUAAUAGUGUGUGUGUGUGCGUGUGUCUGUUUCCUACGGCUGCUCCACAUUAAAAUAAUAGCAUUGUUGCUGCCCAUGUAUACCUUUUGAGUGGGUGUUGUCAUAUUUUACUUACAUACACAUAAAUUUAUCCGCAUGAUUUAUUGCCGGAAAGUUUUCGCCGUUCGCUCGCCUCGCUUGAAUGUGCUUUAAAGUGCAUCGUCGACUGUGUCGUUCUCGCAAUUGCAUUGGCAUUUGCUUGUACCGCGUUCAGCGACAGCAUCGUUAACAACUACCGCAUCAACUGAUAGUGUUCGUACAUAUACAUAUAUAUAUAUAGAGCGCAAUGCCACCAAAACGUAGACGAAGGUUUCAAGGAUUAUACUAUCACUCAUCGCCGCCGAAAGUUCUACCAAUGAAUGGACAAGCUUCAAAUCAAGGACGAAAGCGUCGAGACGGAGAUGAUUUUUCAGUCAAACUAUCAACUAUAAGAAUAUGGAUGCACGAAAAGGAUAUUGGAAAGUUGACGCGCAUCUUGUGGGCGGGGCAAGGCAGUCGACUGUGUCAACAGGCGAGCACAAAUCCGCGUGUAAAACGAUUUCUGGCAGCGGUGCCGUAUGUGAUGAAUUCCAUCAAAGAUGUGCAUCAGGCUGUUAUCGACAAUAAUCUGGAAACGUUACAAGCGAAAAUGGAGCCACCAGUGCCGCCCGCUCUCAUCACAUGUCGCGAUGCGAAUGGCCUCAAUCUCAUACACAAGGCAGCGGGGCUUGGUCAUACAAAGAUACUCGAGUAUCUGAUUGGCAUCUGGCCGGAUGGCGUUGCUGAGACGGAUAUAACUGGCAAAACGCCAUUACAUUGGGCGGCUAGUCAUAAGAAUAAUAUGCGCUGUUAUACGCUGCUCACGCAAACCGGCUGCGAUGAGGAGGCCAUGGAUUAUAAAAUGAAAUCGCCUACUUACUAUCGUCACAAGCCUAACGAUAUUGAACGUGCGUUUUUGGUUUAUGUGCCGGAGGCGCCACGCGUUUCACCAGAUGUCGCCACCGAUUGGGAGGCGUUGAGUGAGGAUGUCGGCGAUGGUGGCAAGAAACUUGAUAUUAAAAUACCAGAUACUAACGGUAUUCAUGGUCACAUCAUUGACGAAAGUAUUGAAAAUAUAUCCGAAGUUGAUUUAAACGAUGGCAUAAGCGCCACAGAAGAAGAACAGCCCGCAACGCCAAUAACCAAUGGCACCGCCAGUGACUCAAUACCGCAGACACCAGUGAAAGACGAUGAUAACGAUGAACCGGCUGAUGAAGAAGAUGGUGAAGGUGCGAUACCCGUAAAUGAAAAUGCUGAAACGGAGGCAAUCAAUGGCAAUGCCAACGGCGAAACCGAGGAGGUUGAAGCGGAAGCUGAGGACGAGACUGCGUCUGAGGCUGCCGAAGAGGCUGCUGAGCCUGAGGUAGAGGCCAUUGAAGGCGAGCCCAACAACGAGCAGGCGACCGAGUUGGUAGCUGAAAAUGAAAAUACAAUUGAAUAUGAAUCGGAGCCUGAAAAAGCAUUAGAUUCUGACGCUGAAAACGACGUGUAUGUGGUUACAGGUCCGCAAACAGCUGAUAAACUUGAUGAGAAUUACAACGAAGAUAAAUACGACAAUGUUGAUGGUAGUUCGCCUACCUCAUCGCUGGCUAUUGAAGGCUUUGUGGCUGGCGCAUCGGAGGAUAAUAGAGUUCAGUCGCAAUCUGCUGCUUAUGUACAUGAAGUAUUAACGCUAAGCAUACAAGAGUCCGACAUAACGAAAGUUAUUAAUUCUGGCGAUAUGGAGCAGUUAGCGCAAAUUGUUCUCAAUGGUGAUGGUAAUAAAUUGGUGAAUAUGCAAUCACAAAAUCCGGAUAUACAGGCAUUUCUCAGUAAUGUGCCCAGCUAUAUGAGUAAAAUACGUCGAGUUCACGAGGCGGCACGCGAAGGUAGCUUACUUGCUCUGCAACAGGCUUUAGAUAGACGAAAGUUUGCGAUAGCCAAAGAUGAGAUUUCACCCAACGGUGCCACACCUCUGCAUGUAGCUGUGCUUUUUGGAAACACAGAUAUUGUUCGAUAUUUGGCAGCACGUUUUCCAGAAACCACUACAAUCGCCGACACCGAUGGACGAACAGCGCUACACUAUGCCGCUGUUAUAAAUGAUAAUGGUCACUUCUAUAACGUACUCACGCAGCUGGGUGCCAAUAGCAAAGCAGCGGAUAAGCUCGGUCAUACGCCAGAAUUCUAUCAGCAUAAUGAAGAAGCAAAAGAAAUACUCAACUAUAGACAACUACUAAGUAAUUUUGGUGCCGAAGAAUUGGAAGAUGAACUGCUAAACGAUCAAGUACCAGAUGAUCUACACAGCUCACGUCGCCGUUUGCAAGAUGUCGAUAUCAAUCGUACGCUCGAUCGCUGCUACAGUGUGAUCGAGGAGUCCAGCAAGAUACUAAGUGGCAGUGCUGCAUCGGCGCUGGCGCAUCGUAAACCUUUAAGCGCCUCCACCAUGCAACUUUCCGUCACAAGCUAUUUGAGUCGCUUCAUGAAGAGAAGCGUCUUCGAGAAAAUUCGCCUACGACAAACACGACUCGAUCACAAUCUUUUUGAUGUUAUUUGGCCAGCAAUGCGUAAGACCUCGAUACUUCGUCGCCUUGAAGAGGACAUAAAUUGUGGCAUCAUUGCGCCAGACUUCGAUGUGUUUGUCGUGUUUCAGGAAUUUCUUGUGCCACUCAUCAAGGAUAUGCAUUGCAUGAGCGUCAAUGAAGAUUUUAAACCACAUCCGCGUAUCGCCUUCUUUCCCAUGGAGAAUGGCGUGCGGCUAAAUACUGCCGCAUUUAUUUUCGAUGAUGAGCCAAAUUUGAUACAACGCUGCAGCGUAGAGUGUUCGCGUAACUUGGAACAAUUUGAAUUGCCGUUAAACUUGACCAUAGGGCAGGUGGAGCAAGCCGAACGCAUGGUUAUGGGUAAAAUAUUUACUAAUCAAUUCGUUGAUGCGAUCGGCGAAACGGAGUCGGGCAGCUACUAUACGUUGACUGAAAUACUCGAGGAGAACUCCGAAAUACGUGCAACACUAAGCAAAUUGGGGCUCAUGAUACCGCUACCCGAUACGAAAGAUACCGUACAGGCCGCAGAGUCAGUGGCUUUCAAUGGCAGCCUCUGGCCAUACGGACGUGGCGUUUAUGUUAAUUCAGCAAACAAUUUAGCACUAUGGCUGAACUGUCAGGAGCACUUGCGCGUUAUUGCAACUUCGAGUGAGGCGAAUGCUGCCAAUAUGGGCGCCGCUUACACACGUGUCGGACGCGUAAUACGCUUUCUAGAGCGUGAGCUGCACUUUAAAGAGAGCUACUUUUUGGGUUAUCUACAGGCGCGUCCAUCUUAUCUGGGCACAGGUUUGAAAUUUAUAACAACAAUUAAGUUGCCGAAUCUCAUGAAAGAGGUGGACAACUUGCGGCAUCUCUGUUCGGUGCGCGGACUCAACUUGAUUACGAAUUUUGUGGCAAAAUCGGAAGUACAAUUGGUGAAUAUGCAAAGUUUGGGCGUAAUUGAGUAUGUGCUCUUUCAAGACUAUUGCACGGCUGUGACUAAUAUUGUGUCGCUGGAGAAGGAUAUGUCGUUGACGAAUUCGAAGCACAUCGCCUCAAUGCUGGUGAAAAUAUUCCGUCGCAAGAAGAAUAGUUUAAUGGAGCGCAAUUAGUGACACUGCGCUGAAGGAGUGGGCAAAAUAGAAGGGAAUCGAAGAAUAUAAUUUAGAGGCCUGGAGACGUGCCUAAUUAAAAUUUAGCUAUAAGUGUUCAAUAUAUAAACGCCAAAUUUACAGUUGUCAUAGCAAAUGAAAUUUCGUCAAAUUAGUAUAUCAAAUCAUUCAUCUAUGAAAAUGUAAGAAAUUUGAAGCCGAAACCAACAUUACGUUAGCAAAGCGUUUACACAAUAAUACCAUUAACAGCUACGAAAAGAAUAAAACACGAAAUUAUGCAAGUAAAAAAUUCAUGAAAAUUUAGUUUAUUACA